UCAACGCCAGCACUAGUACUAGGAGUACGAUACCUUAGGUAUCUUUUCGACAGCAAUCAUUCAACGUCUUCUCGGUUCGAAAAUUGAAAGUCGUCUGUUCUGGUAGAUGCAAUACGUACCCUUACAGGUGUGUAUCUUACAUCCAUGAGAACAAAGUCAACAGCGUUGUUCCAACAGAACUGUGCGUAAACCCAUAAGAACGGUGACWACUGCAAACAAUGUUUCUGUUCGAUCAUAACAGUCCGUUCGCGUCUCUAUUCUUGGCGCUGCUCCUUCUCCAGGGAACGAAUGGAUUUUCGACGACGGUGCAACAACAAAGACAACAGCUGUCACUGGGACGAUCAAAAGGCAAUGCUGCGGGAUUAAUCUUGAGGGCACCCUUGGCAASCUCAACCACCGGCAUUCGCAGUCCCGUGUUGCGACCGUAUUGUGAUGGUAGUUCAACACGGGAUUGUUCGGAGCUAAGGGCCACAGAGGAUGGAGAAGCCGAAGAGGAUGGAGAAGCCGAAGAAGACCCAGAACGAUCAUCCAUGGACAAGAAAGUUGCCGGACGAAAAAAACGACUGACGAUGGGUUAUCAGCUUGCAUCGUCCGCAUAUGCGGCAUCGGCUCUUUUCAGUCUAGGUACCUGGGGUGGUGUUACGUCGAGCUCGCUGUAUUACAUCUUUGGUGGCGGUCCGCUGACAGCAGCGGCGAUUCUGUACAUUCUUAAGGGAGCCGCCAUCCACGACCGGCUAGGCAGCGAUACGUAUAAAAGAUUGAACAUUGCCAUGAUUGCUUUUGGAGUCAUCCAACUUGUGGCCCCCACUGGUGACUUUCCGUGGACAAAUGGUCUCAUGUUUAAGGUUCCCGGAUUGCUGAGUCUCAUCAACGGCAUCAAGGGAUAUGGAUACGGAUGCCUCGGAUGGGAYAAGGCCAAAGAAACGACUGCUGUGGUGAAAGACUUCAAAGAUGGGAUCCAAUCUACGCUCCAGUGCAUGACGAUGAUCAAGGCAAAAUCGGCAGUUUAUAUCGUCGGUACACUCAUCAUGGGCAUUAUGUCCCUAAUCAAAACAAAGGAACUGGUCACCAUGCUGCUGGCUCCGAGCGAAACACCGGUCGCGUAUCUCACGAUGUUCGUCAAGCUUGCCAAGAUGGCCCGUCUCGGAUUGGUAGCAACGAUCAUGUACACCUUGAAGGACGCCUCGGAUCGCGAUCGGUUGRGCGGAACGACCUUUGUCCAGUUGAACUUUCUGGCGGCGGCGGCCUUUUCAAGCAUUGCACUGUACUUACUGCCCACGUGGGGAACCGCAUCUUCGAUCGGSCAGGUUGUGCUGGUGACCGGGAUUGCCGCAACGACCUUUUUCAAAGGAUUKGUCAACAGAAAAGCAAAGACUGCUUAGUGCUUGGCGMAGCGUGGGAGAUUUGUUUYUCGUUCACUCAAACAAGUGCCCCAGCGUUUGACCAUUGUUUUUGGAAUGCUUCCAUCGGCCGCUUCAAGCAUUUUCAUUCUUUGGAAUUGUGUGCGCUUAGUUGAUUACAUUAUGAACACCAUUGAGCAGACGCAGUUUAGAACAAAAUACGAAAGCGCCAUUCCAUUAUGGAUUCACUGGAUUAAGUAUGAAAACAAAUGAGAAAAACGAAUACGAAUGGUUUAUGUUUAAUAUUAGUUACAA